AUGCCGAAACGAUCGGCUGAAGAAAAAAUUAAUUAUUAUAGUAAGAAAAUACGGAAAAUUCAAAAGAAGCAAAAACGUUUAAUUGGUGCAAGUAGAUCAUCAGAAUCUCCUUCAGUACCAGAACAAAAUCCAGAGGAUGAGUCAUUCCCGAUGGUUGAAUCUCCCUGUGAGGAAGAACCAGAGCCAGUGGAAAUAUUUCCGUUGGUGGUGGAGCCGGAUAAAGAAUAUCCUGCGGAUUCGAUCAAACCGCAACCACCCACCGUCAUAUCAACGGAGGCUGAACCGGAGAAAUCCUCGGAAGCAAUACAAGCCAAUUGCUCUAUACAGGAGGUUGAUCCAGAUAUUUUAAUAGCCUUAGGGGAGAUUACUAAUGACUCCCCGGAUUACGGGGAAAAAAUACACGAUUGUUUAGCAAAAAUUUGGACACCAUUAUUAAAAAAGGGGUUAAGUAAAGAUGUUCGCGAGAAAUUAAUUAAAGAUUACCUUAUUCCUGAAAAUUGUCCCCUUUUAAAAGCGCCAACAUUAAAUCCGGAAAUUUUAGCCGCUUUACCCGAAACUGGUAGGUUCCGGGAUAAGAAAAUUUUGGCAUCCCAACAACAAUUAGGAGUUGGUAUCACAGCCAUAAAUAGAGGACUCAAUAUAUUGUUGUCCGAAACCAGUAAUAAGGUUGACGCAAUUAAAUUCAUUAGCGAUGGUAUAUAUAUCUUGUCCGAUCUUCAUUUUCAAAAUACAGAGAGUAGAAUAAAAUUUAUAUCUCCUGGUCUGGACAAGUCAUUUUUACAAUUAAUACAAGCCUCAGAGAGAGAUGAUUUACUAUUUGGCAGUAAAUUAUCUGAGAAAAUUAAGGCGUCCAAAGCAAUUGCUAAACAAAGCCAACAUAUAAAGAAGGCCCCAAACGCCCCAAAAGCCCCACCACUGCAAACACAAAUACCAUCAACUCGGCCUAAUAACCAGGGAAACUGGCAGGGCCCUCCUCGUUACUCGUCGAACAGGGGGGGGCGCGGAGGACUACGGCGGACAAGUCAACGGCCACCAGUUCAACCCGGAGGUCCUCAAUUGAAACCACUGCCAUCCAAGACUCGAGGAGUACCUCGCCGAGUAUAAAUCAGGAAUCAAACCCCACAUCGCCUACACAAACAGCUUACGCUGGGUGCAGCGACUCUCUCAGGAUGGCGUUCCUGACUCGGGAUAUUCCUUCCGAGGCAAUAGAUCUAAUGUUGGCAUCGCUGUCUGACAACACAAAGAAACAGUAUAGUGUAAGUUACAAACUUUGGUGGCAAU